AUGGUCACUUUAUCUUGUCCACAUAAUCGCUCUCCCCAGUCUAUGAGCUCACCUGUCACUUUGCCUGUCUUCUCCAUGAACUGGCUGCGUAUAAAGAACGAUUCAAAACGUCACUCUAGCUUUUACAUGCACAUCUAUGAUGAAAUUAAUAUAUUCUCUCUUACAUACAUUUCAGCAUACAUGAAAAAUGUGCACAGUUUUCUUUUAUUUUCGUGAACAAACAGAGAAUUUGUACCCUUACAGCGCCUCUGGGACUACGUGUCCGUCAACAAAAGCCGUCCCUAGAGUUCAACAGCGCCUACUUAAGAGUUCCGCAUUCAAGACGUUGACUGGUUGGGAAGCUUCUUACUUAGUUUAUGUCCACUUCGAGCUUUAUCUUAGACACAUAAUAUAUAGUAAAUACCCUAAAAUGAUACAAGUACUUUUCUUAAUCAGUUUGUGUGCUCUUGUAGCCUGUGGGCCCCGACCUGUAUACGAAAGUCCGAAUACCAACUCUUCUGCCUCUUCUGGAAAGUUCGAGAAGACGCCAGAGGAAGAGUCUUCACUCAAUAAAAGUGACUAUGAUAGUCCACACGACGAGUCUGACAAAAUAUUCCCCGGAUAUUCGUUCUCAAAAGUUAAAAAUGCCUCAGAGAAUGGGGGUCUAAUUGUGAAGUGUGGAGAGAAAAACUGGAGGAUAGUGGUGAAGAGAAAGUACUUCGGACGCGGCCUUCCUUUCUCACCGCGGGCUGUUCGGCUCGGUGAGGAUGGCGGCGCUGCCAUUGAGUGCAAGCCUCAGACAGACUUUCUCACCGCCUCUCACAUGAUCAUUUCUGCAGGUUUACAAGACUGUGGUAGCGAGUCUUGGGUAAAUGGUGACUGGCUCAUCUACUCCAAUAAGUUGGUGUUUUCUUCUGGUCCUUUUCUCACCUUGGAUGGCAUCCUGAUUUUCAGACGCACUCCUACUGUGGUUCCCAUUGAGUGCCAUUAUAAAAGAAGGUUUAGAGUGAGUGCGGAACCACUCAGCCCUACCUGGUUACCUAUGACCUCCACUAUAGAAGCAGCUGGAUUGCUGCACUUCUCUUUACGUGUUGUUAAAGAUGGCAGUGGCUCCACUCGUCAGUCCACUCAUUUCCAGCAGGGAGAGCCAUUGCUCCUGGAAGCAGCAGUAUAUGCCCCAUUGCACCCUCCUUUACGAAUCUUCGUGGACAGCUGUGUGGCCACUGCUAAUUCUGACCCGUUCUCAAAGCCCAGCUAUGAGUUUAUAUCCAACCAUGGGUGUCUGGUUGAUAGCAUGCUGCCAAACUCGUCUUCUAAAUAUUACAACAGGCCAGAGGAGAACGUCCUCAGGUUCAGCAUUCCGGCUUUCAGCUUCCCCCAGGAUCAGAGAAAACAGGUUUUCAUUAGCUGCCAUUUGAGAGCUACUCUUCACCACAGUCCAUCUGACUCCCAAAAUAAGGCUUGCUAUUUUCAUGGACCUUCAUUCAGCUGGCGCUCGAUAGAGGGGAACAACACUGUUUGCUUUUGCUGUGAAACUGGAGAUUGUGUGGCAGGAAAGAUGGACUUAUCCAGCAUAUACCUGGGAGAAGAGCAGACUGCAGUGGAUGUAGGCCCACUGCAAAUUCUACCCACAAAUUCACACUCGGCUGGGAAACUUACCAUAGGGGAUGUAAGCCUCACUUAAGCUGUGACCUGCCUGGAGCAUGCUGUACUUCACCAGGUGAGAUACUGAACAGUCCAAUUGAAUUUAAUUGAAGAUAUAAUAGUACAGAAUUAUAGGAGGCUGCACUUA